GCAAAAUCUCUCUUCUGUUCGCAUUUCACGACUUACGUCACUCCAGCCAGAAACGACAAAUAUUAUUUUUUAAAUAGUUACACCUGGAGUUGGGUGAGUGUACUUUUUAAUUAGUGUCAGGUAAUAAAAGUUGUUAAAAAUGAAAGUAUCGCUGCUGAGAAAUGGAACAAUUUCGAUCCAACGGGACGAAAAUGAUGAAGAAUUUAGAAAUUUUGCGCAACUAAAGGAUUCGAUUGCAAAACGAUUGGGAGUGACCACACAUGAAUUGUAUUUAACACAACAAAACAAUGAGAAAUUGGUCAAUUGCGACCAACAUGUUUUGCAAUGUGAAAGUAUCCUUGUACAUCUCAGAGUGCUUGGAGGAAAAGGAGGUUUCGGAUCUAUGCUACGAGCGAUUGGGGCACAAAUUGAAAAGACAACAAAUCGUGACGCUUGUCGUGAUUUAUCUGGACGUAGAUUACGCGACAUAAAUGAAGAGCAACGGUUGAAAAGAUGGUUUUCCAAACAGAAGGAGCGAGAAGAGGAAAAAAUUGAAGCCAAGAAACGAAAAUUGGAAAAGUUAAAGACUUUUACCGAAGGUCCACCCUUGCCAAAGAUUGAAGAUCCAGAGUAUAAUAAGCAACGGGCAGAGAUGGCGGAUUCCGUGUAUGAAGCGGUCGAUAAAGGAUUCGAUCAUAUCAAUAAACCGGGCACAAGCUCAACAGUAACUGCUGUCGCCACAUCUUCUUCCUCAGAUGAGUCUUCAAGUGAUGGAACGAAAGAGAAAGAUCCAACGGACGUUUCAACGCCAUCGGCAUCAACAUCGGUACCAAUUACUUCAUCUUCCGUCGAUGCACAACCCCCAGCAAAGAAAAAAGUGUUUAAGAAAACAAUGAUGGAUGAAGACCUGGAUAGCAGUUGCACAAGUAGCGAUGACUCGGACGACGAAUCAGCCCCUAAGAAGGCGAGAGUCGACAUACCAUAAAAUUUAAUUUUUGUCAGGUUUUGUACAGUUCAACCAAGAAUAUUUAGCAAUUCAAUUCUAAAUAAAUAAAGUUAUUGUUACUGUUCUUAUUA